CUCGUAACCCAAUUCACCAUGUUUCUCCUUGGAUUCAUAUCAAAUGACCUCUUAGGGUUUCUGAUUAGCCAGUCCGGUUUCAUCCUGUCGAUGGCCGUCAUGGUGGGCUUAACCCUAAUUGCUUUUAUUAUGCUAAGCAUUUUCGCCUUUGGGUCUUCCCCUAAAAUUUUCUUGCUAGAUUUUGCAUGCUACAAGCCCCCCAGCUCUCUAGCAUGCACUAAGGAAAUGGUGAUUGAGAGGUUGAGGCGGCAUGGAAAUUUCACCGACGAGAGUCUGAAAUUCAUGAAGAAACUAAUGAAGACGUCGGGAUUAGGCGAGGCCACGUACUUGUCUGAGGGACUGCUUAGGGAGCCCCUGGAUAUGUCGAUGGAGGCGACGAGGAAAGAGGCGGAGAUGGUGGUGUUCGGAGCUGUGGAUGAGUUACUGGGCAAGACCGGGGUGAAGGGUGAGGAGAUAGGGAUAGUGGUGGUGCAUAGCAGUAUUUUUAACACUGUUCCGUCUCUAGCUUCCAUGAUUGUGAAUAGAUACAAGCUUGGUAAGAAUGUUUUGAGCUACAAUCUGAGUGGAAUGGGGUGCAGUGCUGGACUCUUAUCCAUUGGGCUUGCCAAAGACCUUCUCAAGGUGCACCGUAAUUCGUAUGCGCUAGUGGUGACCACAGAGAUUAUCACUCAAGGCUGCUACAUGGGAAACAAUCCAUCCAAGCUCAUCGGCAAUUGUUGCUUUCGUAUGGGUGGCGCCGCGGUUUUCCUCUCCAACCGACCCUCCGAUCGAAGCAGCUCCAAGUACCAGCUCAUCCACACUGUCCACACCAAUACCGCAAGCUCUGAUUGUUCGUACAACUGCAUCAUCCAGGAAAAGGACCAUGAGGGCCACGUGGGUAUUACCAUCAACAAAGAUCUCUUAGUCGUGGUCUCCGAGAUCAUUAAAUCCAACGUAGCCACAUUGGCUCCCCUGAUCCUCCCUACAUCAGAACGACUCCUCUAUCUUAUCAACUAUUUAAUUAGGUAUUUCCAUGUCUCAAGCAUCGAGCCGUAUGUGCCAAAUGUUAAGCGUGCAGUGGAUCAUUUCUUCCCUCAUGUGGGUGCAAAGCCCAUACUGGACGAAGUGGCGAGGAACUUGAGAAUGAGUGAAAGACAAAUGGAAGCUUCUAGAAUGACCUUGUAUAGGUUUGGGAAUACAUCGAGUAGUUCAGUAUGGUAUGAGCUAGCUUAUGCAGAGGCCAAGGGUAGGAUCAAGAGGGGUGAUCGUGUGUGGCAGAUUGCAUAUGGGUCUGGCUUUAAAUGUAGUAGUGCGUUUUGGAAAGCCAUUAGGACCAUUGAUCGUGAGAAAAUGAAUCCUUGGAGCGAUGUGAUUGAUGAGUUUCCAGUGAUGGACCCGCAAAGCACUGAAACAUUUCCUUAUGCUUUUGAGUCAUCAAAAUCAAAGUGAUUAUGAUCAUCAGAUCUCCAUGGGCUGAUUACUAUUUGCAUGUUGGGCUUCAGGCCCAUGAAUAAGAAAUAAAGAAUGAGUUAUUGCAAUUCAUUUAAGUAA